GAGAUUAUUCUAUCUAUCCCCCACCACAUAGUCCACAACUAAUUUGCAUAUAUAAACCAACACAUCCCUCAAACAUCCUUACCUAUUUCAAAAACCAACUUCCCCUCCGAAUCCAACAUGUCCGAUCUUAGACAAAGAUCGUCAAUCUCCAACCUCGACUCGCCACCGCCACCGCCACCGCCACCGCCAUCGCGGCCUUCACAAAGCAUGCUCUCUCAAGCGCUAGAGAGCUCGGCACACCUGGCCAACCUCCUCCCCACCGGCACCUUAUUGGCAUUUCAACUCCUAACGCCUGUCUUCACCAACAACGGCUCGUGCGACAUGGUAACACGAAACAUGACGUUGGUUCUGUUGUUCAUACUAGCUUUUUCUUGCUUCCUCGCGUCGUUCACGGACAGCAUCAAGGCCUCGGACGGCCAAGUCUAUUACGGUUUCGCUACGUCUAGAGGGAUGUGGCUGUUUGAUUACCCUACCGUAGCAGCGUCGGGGCCGGCGAUUGAGCUGAGCAAGUACCGGUUACGUCUAGUUGAUUUGGUGCACGCGGUGCUGUCCGUGCUCGUGUUUGCUGCGGUGGCUUUGAGGGACAAGAAUGUGGUGAGCUGCUUGUAUCCGAGUCCAGGGCAUGAGGUUCAGGAGGUGUUGGACAUUGUUCCUAUGGGAAUUGGGCUGAUUUCGAGUUUGUUGUUUGUGAUUUUCCCCACCAAACGACAUGGUAUUGGGUACCCUAUUACACGGGACCGCUGAUUCUUUUGUUCUUGAUAUGGCGUUCGAUUCGAUUCAUU